UUGGUUGGCUUUUCUUUGCUUUCUUCACACUUUUCAAAAAGCAAGCAAACCCAACAACGACACUUCUCUCUCAUCUCAUCUUCUUCUCCUUUCCCUUUCCCCUCUAUCUCUCUCUCACUCACUCAGCAUGCCCACAUCUGAUUCAAGAAUCUGAGACCAAAAUCUCCAUUGUUUAUGUUGUUCUGUUUCCUCUACAUUAUUAUUCACUACAUGAUCUAGUAGAUAAAUUGGUAUUAUGACAAGGGUAGGACGUGAUUUCGGUGAUUCAAUGAAGAAGGAGGUUGUUCAUCCGGUUUCGGCUGAUGUGAUCUUUGCUUCUAGCCGGUUUCCAAAUUACAAAAUCGGAUUUAAUCACCAGAUUGUGGAGGUGAAAGAGGAUGCCAAGGUACUAACCAUGAAGGAGGUUGUUGCUAGAGAGACGGCUCAGUUGCUGGAACGGCAGAAACGCCUCUCAGUUCGCGACCUUGCCAGUAAAUUUGAGAAGGGUUUGGCUGCUGCUGCUAAGUUGUCUGAUGAGGCUAGACUCAGGGAGGCGGCGUCAUUGGAGAAACAUGUACUUCUAAAGAAGCUUAGAGAUGCACUGGAAGCCUUAAAAGGCCGCGUGGCGGGUAAAAAUAAGGAUGAUGUAGAGGAAGCCAUUGCUAUGGUUGAAGCUUUAGCAGUUCAGUUGACUGAGAGGGAAGGAGAGCUAAUUCAGGAAAAGGCAGAAGUGAAAAAGCUUGCUAAUUUUCUAAAGCAGGCUUCAGAAGAUGCUAAGAAACUUGUUGAUGAAGAAAGAGCUUUUGCUCGGGCUGAAAUUGAGAAUGCCAGAGCAGCAGUUCAGAGAGUGGAAGAGGCUCUUCAGGAACAAGAACGGAUUUCCCGAGCUUCAGGGAAACAGGAUUUGGAAGAAUUAAUGAGGGAGGUUCAAGAGGCUAGACGUAUCAAAAUGUUGCAUCAGCCUAGCAAGGUGAUGGACAUGGAGCAUGAGCUUCGAGCAUUGAGAGUUCAGCUUUCUGAGAAAUCUAAACAUUCUCUUCAGCUUCAGAAAGAGCUGGCGAUGAGUGAGAGGGUUGAGGAAAACAUGAUUCACUUAUAUGAAUUAGAUGGUCCUGAAACUUUGGGUUCAUAUUUGAGGAUCCAAGCUUGCUCUGAUAGUGCUCCAGAACUUCUGGGAUGUUCAAUUCAGUGGUAUCGUUUAACAGCUGACAGAGGCAAAAAAGAGCUUAUUUCAGGAGCCACCAAAUCAGUGUACGCUCCAGAGCCCUUUGAUGUUGGUCGAAUUUUGCAAGCUGAAAUAAUUCUAGAUGGUCAGAAAAUCACAUUGACAACCGCUGGUCCCAUUGAUCCCGCUGCAGGAUUGGGAAACUAUGUGGAAUCGUUGGUGCGAAGACAUGACACUGAAUUCAAUGUAGUUAUUGCCCAGAUGAAUGGUGUAGAUCAUCCGUCGAAGUCUAUCCAUGUACUUCAUGUGGGAAAAAUGAGGAUGAAACUUUGUAAAGGCAAUGCAACAGUGGCUAAAGAAUACUAUUCCACUUCAAUGCAGUUAUGUGGAGUUAGAGGUGGCGGGAACGCUGCAGCUCAGGCGUUCUUUUGGCAAGCAAAAGCAGGGCUUUCCUUUGUGUUAGCAUUUGAAUCAGAGAGAGAAAGAAAUGCAGCCCUUAUGCUUGCCCGGAGAUUUGCAUUCGACUGUAAUAUCAUGCUUGCCGGGCCAGAUGACAGAGCUCCUCUGGGAACCUGACAGAUCUAUGUUCUACUGAAAUGUAAUUAUAUUGAUUUUAUAGUGUAUCAUCUAUCUAUAGUUUUGUAAAAUGUGGCAUUUGUGUGAUUGUAAUAUGGGCUUCAAUCACUUUUUGGAUUUUUUGUUUUGUUUGUUUUUAAUUUCUUUCCUCUCUUCUCCAACACAAAAGUUGGCAUUCUUCUAUUUGGCUAUUAUUUUGCUGAUUGUAACAAGUUUUCACCCUUUAUGUUUGAAGUAUUUAUUUAUGUGCAUUCAUUGGUCUGCCAA